UCCUCUCUGACACCAUCUAGAAGGCAAAGUCCAGUUGAAAAUCUACAGCUGCAGGAUUUUUUCAAAAUACUUUUUUUCAAUGAACACUGCCUGAUUUUCCCAGAAAGAAAAUGGGUAUACAGGAUUAUAUUUGCAUCACUAUGGCUGGAGGGGCACCUUGGGGUUUUAGACUUCAAGGUGGCAAGGAAGAAAAGCAGCCUUUGCAGAUUGCCAAGAUUCGUAAUAAGAGCAAAGCAUACAAGGCUGGGUUAUGUGAAGGAGAUGAAGUGAUAUCUAUCAAUGGCAACCCUUGUGCUGAGUUGACUUAUUCUGAAGUCCUUGUUCUGAUGGAAGGCCUGGCUGACACUCUUCAAAUGCUUAUCAAGAGAUCCACCAAUGGGGCAAAUGAAACCUUAAGUCCUGAAAUAGAAAAUGAAAACCACACCAACUUUAAAAAUAAGGAAUAUAAAGAAAGCACUACCCUACAAAUCAGAACAGCCGUGCCAAGGCCCCACCAGGAACUGCAGAUCCUAGUGCCAACUGAGGAAACAGUCCCAACAAAAACAGAGCAAACUGUGGUGGAUUUUUCUGGGACAAAACAAGAAAUAACUCCCUGCCACAAAAUCCCUCCCAAAGUGAUUGAAGCCCCUAAAGAACACAGCACGGAGGCACCUGCUUUCACUGGGGGAAAGCCUGGCUCUACAGUUGAGUUGCAGUUGUCCUUUCCAGCUGAUAGGAAGAAAGGCAGCAGCAACACUAGGUCUGGUCUGACUGUUGUGGGGGUCCAAGAGAGCAAGCCUCUGGAAACACGAUCAGUCCUAACACAAGAAGCGACUAGCUGGGCAAAAGAGCCUUCUGCCCAGUGGUCAGGCAGAAUUGUCCAGAUCGUUGGGGGCAAAGAGGUCCAAGCAACCCAUGAAGGCGAGAGAAAGGAACCCUCUCUCACUAAAGUGGAAGUGAUCCUGGACUGCUCUGACCAGGCAAAAGAAGCAUCCAGGUCUCUGGCCGAAAAGGGGUGUGUAGAGUCUCAAGUGGAAGGAGGGCAGUCAGAAGCACCUCCUUCUGUGGUCUCCUUUGGAAUCUCAUCAGAAGGCACUGAGCAGGGGGAAGACGAACAGCCCUCUGAAAAGGAACAGAGCAGACCUCACAAACACCGGGCAAGGCACGCCAGGCUGAGGAGGAGUGAGAGCCUGUCAGAGAAACAGGUGAAAGAAGCUAAGUCUAAAUGUAAAAGUAUUGCUCUCUUACUGACAGCAGCUCCGAAUCCCAAUUCCAAAGGAGUGUUGAUGUUUAAGAAGCGUCGCCAAAGGGCCAGAAAGUAUACUUUAGUUAGCUACGGCACUGGGGAACUAGAUCAUUACGAAGACAAAGGUGAAGAAGACGAGGGUGAAGAAGGUGAGAAGGAGAACACUUUCGAAGUAACCUUAUUAGGCACAAGUGAGUCAGAAAUUGAUGAAGAUUUCUUCUCUGAUCUGGAUAAAGAAGAACGGAUUGUGACAUUUGACUGGGAUACUGGGCUACUUGAGGUUGAAAAAAAACCCAAACGUGGGGACGAGAUGUCGCAGCUGCUUCCAGAGACCAAGGGCAAAGGGGCACUCAUGUUUGCCAGAAGACGUCAAAGGGUAGACCAGGUCACUGCUGAACAAGAAGCAAUGAAGAUGCAGGGACUGCAUAGAACUGAGGCACAUCGAGAGGCCACUUCAACAGAAAGAACCCAGAAUAUGAGUUCUUCCUUUUAUCAGGCAAAACAAGAAGUAUCUACCAGAGAGCAGAUAAGCCAUGUAAGCAAAAGCUACAUAGAAAUGAACCAUAGUCAUAGGACAACAGUUCAGCAAAAUGGCAUUGGGGUUGUCCCAGAGAUAAAUAUGAUGCAUCCACCUCCUGCAGCUGUUAAAUUGUCUACUUCAAACAGAACAGCCAAGCCUUUCCCUGGUGUUCAGAACAGAGCAGCAGUUCCAUUUUCACCCCCCAGAAGCAACAUUACUUCUCCCUCUGACCUACCUGCCCCACCUCCUUAUACUUCAGUCAGCCCACCACCUGAAGCAUUGUAUAGAACUGUUUUGACUCCAGUGGCCACGAGCAUGACUCAGUCAACAUUGUGGUCUCCAACAGAAUCAACAGAGCAGAUUGCAUCCAGGGAUGAACGGAUUGCUGUACCUGCAAUAAGAACUGGAAUAUUACAGGAGGCCAAGAGAAGAAGCACUGCAAAGCCUAUGUUUACAUUUAAAGAAGCCCCCAAAAUGAGUCCAAAUCCUGCUCUUUUGACCCUUGUACAGAAUACAGAAGGCAAAAAACCUGCCACUGGUGGCUUUGAAUCAGGUCCUGAAGAAGACUACCUCAGCUUGGGAGCAGAGGCCUGCAAUUUCAUGCACAUCCAAGCAGCCAAACAAAAGAUCCCACCCCCAGUUGCUCCCAAACCCUCAGUAAAGGUUUCUCCUACUGCCACAACACCUAUUUCACCAGUCUGGUCACCUCCAGUUGUGGCUGUUACUCAAACUCCUAUCUUUCCGGUUCCAAAUUCCCCAGAAGUAGCAAGUCCAGCAGCCAUCAAAAUAGCACAACCAGCUUAUCCCCCUCCACAGCCUCCGCAACCUCCACAACCUCCCAGUACUCUUAAACUGGAGUCUCCCUUUAAGGGGACUCAAGCUUCAUCAUCCCACCAGAAUUAUACCCCCAAAAUAACACCCACUACUCCAUUAGGAAAUGCUGUUCUUGGUGGUGGAAUGGGGCCAGCUUUUGAGAUGCCCCCAGCAUUGAGUGGUAAGGGGGCUCAGCUCUUUGCUAAGAGGCAAUCACGGAUGGAAAAGUAUAUAGUAGAUUCAGAAACUGUGCAGGCCAAUCAGCCCCGGCCUUCAUCCCCAACUCCAUCAUUACCAGCAUCUUGGAAAUAUUCAUCAAAUGUUCGAGCACCACCACCUGUGGCUUAUAAUCCUAUCCAGUCUCCAUCUUAUCCUCUUGCUGCCACCAAACCUCAGUCAAAGUACCCUGGAGCUACCAAAACUACCAAGAAAAAACCUAAGAAACCAUUAAGCUCCUUGGAAGUUAUGAAGCAUCAGCCAUACCAGCUUAAUGCAUCUUUAUUUACCUUUCAACCUCCAUCUGAUACUAAGGAAAGUCUCCUUCCCAAACAUCCUGCAAAGUUUGAUGCAGCAUCUGCCUCAAAACAAGCUGUACCAUCAAGAGUACUCAAUGCUGGUUCUCCCUCUAAUGUUCGAGCAUCUUCUGUAUAUUCUGUACCAGCCUACAGCUCACAACCAUUCUUCCUGUCGAAUGCUUCUAGUCCUGUAAUCGAGUCCUAUACAUCAACAGGCUGCCCUACAUUUUUGAAGCAAGAACCAGCAGCAUCUCCUGUAUUUGCUGUUCCCAGGCCAAAGUUCUCAGCCAAGAAAGUUGGUGUCACAGCACAGGAAAGAGGCAGUGAACGAUCUUUAUCACUUCCUGGAUGGCUUCCUUCCACAUCUUCACGAUCCAUGUCCCCUGUUUCUCCUGUGAUGUUCCAAUCCACUCCUGAUUAUAUUACCAAAGCACCUCCAGCAGUUGACAAGCCUGGGAAGAGGCUCACCCCUUGGGAAGCAGCAGCUAAGUCCCCUCUUGGAUUUGUGGAUGAUGCAUUUGGUCCCCAAACCAUCCAAGAAUCUAUUGUUGCAAAUGUCAUGUCAGCAGCUCGUAGGAAAACAUUAUCUGCACCACCUGAUGACUGGAAAAGAAAAGUGGCUUAUGAGCAUCCAGCUCCAAGUGCCCAUGCUAAAUUAGCCUCAUUUGGAAGGAGCUAUUCAGCAGCCAUAUUUCCUGCCAAGAGUUCAAUGUCUGCACCAAGCUCCAUUGCCCACUGUGGCUCCCAUCUGCAGCCUGCAUAUUAUAGCCAAUGCGCCCAAACUGAUCCUGGUAUGAUCUCAAUGGAAUCCAGGUCUGAUUACUGUCUAUCAGUAGCUGACUCCAAUUAUAAUCCAUAUCCAAAGGGAUGGAGGUGUCAAACAUGAAAAGUCAAAGAGCCUAGUUUCCUUCCUUGAUUCUUCCUUGAUAUUCUAGAAUGAGAAGUGUGAAUAGAUAUUUUCUGGCCUGGUAAUAUCAAGAUUUAUCUAGAAUGGGACACCGUGUUCAUGAUUUGUCAGUAUUAUAAAAGAUCUUGAUCCCAGUUUUUCUUUGUCUGGUGUAUGUAUGUGUGUGUGUGUGCUUGAGAGAGAGACAUGCACAGAUAGACAGACAGACAUAGGAUGAAAUCUAGUUUAUAUAAAAGCAACUCACGAAGUAGUGUUUUGAUAUGCUUCCAUGUGUGAAAUUUUAAACUGGGAAGAGUAUAAUUGUGCAAUAUCAACAUUUGUGAAUUAUCUAAUUAAUCAUUAUAAAGAAUGUAAUCUUAGGGUUCAUAAAAAGUUUUUCCCCUUUGUUUCUUAUACAAGCCUACUUAUGGCUAGUCAAGCGUCUAUCUUUUCUACUGGCCAUAUUGUGAUUCUUUGUUGUGUUUUGGUCUUCUUUCUAGGCUAACCUAGAAAUUAUCCCUAACCUAAAGAGUUCAGUUGCAUUAUUUUUAUCUUUUGGAGACCCAGAUAGGACUUUUCCUUAACUGGUUAGGGAAAGAUAAUAGGAUGUAAGGUUUUACUGGCCUGAUAUUCCAAAGUUUUCUAGCUAUGGAAACACACUUCAGUGGAUGAACAGAGGUUUUGCUUUCAGAAGGCCCUAGAUGAAUCCUUAGCAUGUGUGGUUAAGAGCCUUAGAUAGCAGUUGAAGGAAAGUCUCCUUGCUGAGAUUCUAGAAAGAAACUGUCACUCCAAAUAGACAAUCUUAUCUUCUUGAAGGCACCUACAUACUGUGCUCACUCAUCCCAAGUUCUUUUUGCUUAUAUUACCAGCUUGGGGAAACACAUCAUCACAAAUAUCCUCAGUGUCAGAAAAGCAUUUUUAUGAUUGAAGGUACAAUAACAAAAGUACAAUUAAAAAUGAAUAAUACAUAGUGUAGAAUACAGCAGAUGACAGGAAAUGGAAAGUCAUUAUAUUUCCCCAACUUAAUUUGUGAUGUAACUCUGUCCUAAGAGGAUGGGUGGACAACUUGUAUCCUCCAGAGAGGGCUACACUGCAAACCCAGCAUAUCUCACACUGGUCAUGCUAGCUGCUAUGAAUUGUAAAUCAGCAGCUUCUGGAGGAUCACAGAUACUUUAGCCCUGCCUUGGAGUAUUGCUGUUUGCACUCUGAGAUCAGUCUGAGAUACUGUAAUCCUGUGAAUUUAAAUUCAUUUCUUUCGCUUCUUUGUUCCAGACAUGAGCUGUACUGCUUCUAAUUUCUUUCUAAAAAUGUUAUUUAGCUAGACAAGAAGUAAAUAAAAUGUGAAGGUACUUCUUUUCACAUAUAUUCAAAGGAUAACUAAACAUAUUGUAAGAUACAGUGUUGCCUGAAUAAGGCAGGGAAAGAUGACUUUUUUAAAACGUGCUUUAUAAUGUCUUCAUUCCUGCUGCCACAAUCUUAUGAAUGUUUACUCAGAAGCAAAUUCCACUAAAUUCAACAGUACUUUCUAGUAAGGAGUAAGGUUACAGCCUGUCUUCAUACUGUCUGGUAUAGUUCAUGCCAUUCUAAAGAGCUAUAAAACCUUUUUAAAAGAAGGAAACUUACCCUAUUAUAAUUUGGCUGUGCAGCAUAUGCUUUGGUGCCAGUGCCAUUCUUUUUUCCAGCCAGUAACUGGAAUACUAUUUCAAUAAAGAAAUUGGCUUUUUAAACUGAGACACUGAAUAGUUCUUUGGCCAGACAGACAUGCUGGGUGCCUGAAAAAUAUUAACCUCAUAACCAGCUCAAAGAAAGGUGAAGCACGAGGGAAAAAGCUAUUCAGGAUGUGGCUGUAAAUAAGCUACAUGCCUCAGUGUAGAAGCAAAGUAAACUUCCUUUGUUGGAAAUGAAAACAGAAUUUCCCCAAGCCAAGAAAUUCCCACCAGCUCCUGAAUGAAGACCCCAGUUAAAUGGGCUAUCAGCCACAGCCUGGCGAAUUUAUGAAAUGGGCUCUUUAUCCUGACUAGUCAAAGUCCUAUAACCAAGCUGGUAAGCAUACCAACCAUGAGAGUGACUCCUUUUAGCCUCAAAGAAAUCUUAGGUUAGCUUGGGUAUAUAGUAUGUUAUGUUAUAGAAUGUCGUCCAGGAUGUAUGGAACUGUCCAUAUCCUUCCCUGCAACCCCUUCACAUAAUCAUAAGUGAAUACCCAAAGAAGGAUUUUGUUUGAAGAAUAUGCACUCAGUAUAUGGCAAAUCAUUUUUUUAUGGUAAGAGAUACCAUUCAACUUGUAAGCCACCCAGAGUCAUGGCAGUGAGAUGGGCAACUAUAUAAAUGCAAUAAAUAAAGAAAAACUCAUAUUACUCUGAAAGGUAAAUCAAAAGUUCUUUUUAAUGAAAUCAACUAGGUUUAAAAAGAUUUUGCAAUGCUCAUAGGGCUAAACUAUUGUGGCUUACAGUUUGAAUGGCAUUUUAAUAGGUAGCCAGAAAAAGGGAAAUCUUAAUUUUAAGUGUAAACAUGGUGGACUAUUUUCAGAAGGCCACCUGUUUAAGAGCGGUAUGAAAGGUCUGAUAUAUGAAAAAAUUAUACAUAGUCAGGAGGGAAUGACCUGAGGAUGUCAUAGUAGGUAAUGUCAGCGGAAAGCAAUGGUAUAGAUUUCAGUAAAAUGAGUAGGAGGCACAUGUUGCAAUACUUAUGAAACAUGCAAGACCUUUGGUAACUAGGGAAGUUGCAUACAUUUUGUGAAAUACUCAUUCAUGUUGUCAUGCAGUGAAUCACAUUUUCCUGAGCCCCUAGUACUGUAGGUUAGCAUUUGUCAUAUGCCUGAUUUCUUAUUAUAUGAGCAGAGGCUAUAGAGCAAGAAUGAUUUAGUUUAUAAGAAAUUUGUUUUUGGAUAAAAGUAAGUGUUCAAUGGUUUGAGGGUGGUUUAAAGAAACUCAUUACAAAAGCAUAUAUAAAGUAAUUUAUGAAUUAGUUAAAGCAAAAUACUUUAACUGAGAUUUUUUGAUAUCAAGGCUAAUAUGGGCAAUCAUUUUUUAAGUGACAGUUAGAUCACUGGAAUUCUGAUCAUUUUACACAAUCAGAAGUUAACAUAGCAUUUGUGGCAUAUGUAUGUAUGUCCUGGAGUUUCCAGAAAUGCUUUUUUAAACUGCAAUUCUACUUUUACUACAUGAGGUAUAGGUUGUUGUUGUUGAUGUUACUAUUAUUUUACCUCAGUGGGACUUGCUCUGUUUCAAGUCAUCAGGUCUGAUUUCAAUGUUCUUUUUUCUUUGGCUUUGAUUAAUCAUUUUAUGAAAAUAAAAAUAUUUCUAAAUUUA